AUGCAUAAUCUCAAGAACGCCGCCAUUUCGGGCUUCGCUACCUUCGCAGGUGGAGCGGUCGUGUUCAACGGCGCAAGCGAUCCAGACCCGCCCGUACAGGCCACGCCCCUCAACCUUGAAGGAGUGGCUCUUGGUGGCCACGCCAUUAUAGCGGGGAGUAACGUAUACGACCCGCAGGCCAACGAGAGAUUGAAGUUAGUCCUCGCCCACGAAGAAAGAAUGCACGAACAAAGACAGCACGAACAAAGACUGGCACAGUUAUCAGGAAUUAAUACCCUUCGGCCGAAGGUGGGGAGUACUAUUGGAGUCCCUCCACCCUCAGGCGCGCCUAGCCAGACUACAGCGUCCUCGGCACCUCAAGAGGAGGAUGCUAAGACUGAGACGAAGGCAGGCUCUGGAGAUCCCACCGUCCAGGCAACAAUUCCUCCGGAGCUCGCGACUCCAAACACGGCACCCUCAACACCUGAAGAGGAGGAUAGCAUCGAGGCGACGACAGGAACGGGGGAGCUCACCCAGCAAACUGCAGUCCCUCCAGCUAACCCCCCGAUAAAUCCAGAUCUGGAGAGACCCAUGCCUAAGAAUGUCCUAUUCCCUGGCAUCAGAGCAGUAUUCAAACGGGUCUACAACAAAUCCAAGCGGCUCCAAACUGCCUACCGCUCACUGGCCCGCCGCAACUUGACGCCUACCGCCUAGCUAGGAAGGAGACAUGGACCUCGCUUUUCCUCUCUUCACGCGAUUCUUUUUCUUUUCGUUCUGAAUUGGACUCAUGCAUUCUGGUUUUUCCAGCUUCCUUGGACGAUUUAUCUACGACUGUGACCGGUACAUUGAAUUAGCCUGGACCUUUACGAGUUCCAAUGGUAUACUACUAGUAUGUUAAAUAAUACAGCCGCCUUGUGUGAUUGUGAA